AUGCUGACAGACAAGAACCUUGGUGCGUUCCGAAGCAUCGGAGAGAAAACAGCAUCCCUCUUCGAGAGGAAGAAGAAGGAUGCUGAGCAGAUCGCCCAGGAGAAAGCAGCUGAGGCCGCCCACGUUGUCGAAGAGCAGGUGAAAAAGACUGGUGAACUGAUCGCUGGUGCAGAGAAGAGCGCUAAUGAUGCUGCUAACUCAGCAACUGAAACGAAGCAGUCGGCUAUUGAUGCUCUCGACAAGGAGCUGUCGAAGGUGUCCCUAGCUGCUGGUGAGGCGAAGGACGCGGCAGCGAAGGCAGUAGCUGACGGCAAGAAGGUCGUUGACACCACCAAAGAUACGCUAGCUACGACAGUUGAUAACACAAAGAAAGCAGCGGAAACAGCACUGAACACAGCAAAAGAUACACUCAGUAGCACUGUAGACACUACUAAGAGCACAGCACAGUCUGUUGUGGAUACGGGAAAGAGUUACGCAACUGGGGCAAAAGAAAGUUCUGGUAAUUCAUUAGAAAUGUCCAAGGAAAGUGGAGAUUCGUUUUUAGAGACAACUAAACAAUAUGUCUCUAGUGUAAAAGAUUCUGUGACAAGUACUGUAGAUAGCACAAAGAUGUCCGCUCAAAGUACCUUAGAAACAGGAAAAUCGUACUUCGAUUCCACAAAAGACUCCGUUACAAAUACUAUUCAAUCAACUGUAGACACGACAAAGCAAACGGCUCAAUCAGCUGUUGAUACGGGAAAAUCGUAUGUCACUAGUGCCAAAGAUACAUUAUCAAGCACAGUAGAAGCUGCACAAAAAUCAGCACAAUCUGCUUUUGAUACUGGAAAGGGUUACGUAGAUACAGCUAAAGAAACCGUAGGGGUGAACAAAAAUGCAAGAGUCGAAGCAAGCAAAGCGUAUAUAGAUUCUGCCAAAGAUACUGUUACAAGCACUGUUGAUAGUACAAAGAAAGCUGCUCAAAGUACAAUGGAAACCGGAAAAUCUUACGUUGACUCUGCUUCAGAUACCGUUCAAAGCACAUUUAAGAGCACAAUAGAUACAGCAAAAAGCACAGCCAAUUCUGUAGUCGAAACUGGAAAAUCUUACGUCGAUACAGCUAAAGACUCUGUCACCAGCACUGUAGAUUCUACCAAAAAAACGGCCACGUCAGUUGUUGAUACUGGGUCAUCAUACAUUGGUGCAGCUAAAGAUACUGUGACUAAUACCGUACAAAUCACAUUUGAUGCAACAAAGAAUGUUGCCCAAGCGGCUGUUGAAAAAGGCACUGCUCUUGUAGGCACCGCUAAAGACACCGUAGUACAUGCCGUAGAUACGACAAAAUCUGUCGCACAAGGCGCAGUAGACACAACUAAAACUGCAGCACAAAGCGCAGUGGACACGACCAAAUCUGUGGCACAAAAUAUUGUAGAAAAGGGCACGUCAUUAGCAGGCACUGCUAGAGACACCGUAGCAAGCACUGUUGAUUCUACCAAAAAUGUAGCAGCAUCAGCAGCUGAUAAAGGAUUUGGCUUAAUUAAUAGUGCUAAAGAAUCAGUUACAAAUUCAGUCCAUUCUACUGUAGAUACUUCUAAAUCAGUAGCAACAUCUGCGUACGAUAAAGGAACUUCUUAUGUUAGCUCCGCGAAAGACACAGUAUCUAGCACGAUAGAUAGUACUAAAAAUGUAGCAGCGUCAGCUGUCGGUAAAGGAGUUUCUUUAGUAGGAAGUGCUAAAGAUUCAGUUACAAAUACAUUGUACGGUACAGUAGAUGCUAGUAAGAACGUGGCUUCAUCCGUUUAUGAAAAAGGAUCCUCAUUAGUUGGUGCAGCAAAAGAUACGGUAGCGAGCACUCUUGAUACUACCAAAAACGUAGCGUCAUCGGCAAUAGAAAAGGGCUCUUCUUUAGUUGGUAGUGCAAAAGAUUCAGUAUCAAGCACAGUCCAAAAUACAGUAGACACUACCAAGAAUGUAGCUAGCGCAGUUUACGACAAGAGUGCGUCACUCGUUACGGGUGCAAAAGAUACGGUCUCAAGUGUGGUGUCGGGUGAUUCCAAUGAUACCAUUAACACGACGGUAGAUCAAACCAAGAAGGCUGCUGAGGAUGCAAAAGAGAAGGCAAGGUUGGCUGCGGAGGCUGCGAAGGAAGAGGCUAAACGUGCUGCUAAUGCAGCAGUAGAAGAAUCCAAGAAAGCAGCAGAAAAGGCUGCAGCAGAUGCAAGCAAUGCUGUUCACAGUACUGUCGACAACACAUUAAAACGUAUGGAAGCAGCCGCUGAUGAAGGCCUGAAGAAUGCUGGCCACGUCGUUGAUGGGAAAAUUAAGAAUGCCGACAAGUACCUCAAUGAGAAACGUGAAAAUCUGGUCUCAAACUUGACAUCAACAGCAAAUGAUGGCGCUGACGCGGCAGCGGGACUUCUUAGCAAAGGCCUGACUCAAUUCUCUAAGUAA